AGGGCGGAAUUGAAGCGUGGUGGUGGUCUGAGAUGCGCUGCGUUCGUCCCAAAGAUGUCGACGUUGUUUGACGAGAUCAGCCAGCAGCUGGACUUCUCCAGCUGUGGAGAAGAGGGAAACAGCAGCGACAACAGCUCCGAUGACUGCGUCCCCAUUAUCCACAGUCCCAGGAUCCGUAGUCCCAGGAUCCGCAGUUCUGGGAUCAGCAGUCCCAGCUCUGUGUGUAGGACGCCCAGGGUGCAACGCCACAGAAGCAACAUCUCUUCCCCUGUGCAGUGCACCAGCCCCAUUCCUUAUGCUGCCUGGAGGAAACUAAGACUCCGUGACUCUCCCAGCACACCCAAGAGCCUUCUGUCGAAGUCGUCCCAGCCUUGCUCCAGCACUAAGAUAAGUCGCCCUCAGAGGAGUCUGCGUUUCUCCUCAGCUGCUGCUAACCUCAUCCAGGCACCUUGCGUCAACGUGAAUCCUUUCACCCCCGACACGGUCCGCAGGGGCAGCGAGCAGCUGUGGAAGGACCGCUGCAGGAGUGAUGAUGAUGAUGAUUAUGGACGCAGGUUGAAACACAGCCUCACGUCAUCUGAGGAGGAUGAUGAAGCCUUUCUCCCACCAAAGAGGAGAGCUGUCCAGGCCUUCAUGCUGUCGCGCUAUGAGAGUGAGUUCCUGGAGCUGGAGUGCAUUGGCGUGGGCGAGUUUGGGGCAGUUUACAAGUGCGUGAAGAGGCUGGAUGGUUGCUUGUACGCCAUAAAACGAUCUCGCCGACCCCUGGCAGGUUCUGCCAAUGAGCAGCUGGCCCUAAAGGAAGUGUAUGCACAUGCUGUUCUUGGGCACCACCCACAUGUUGUUCGCUAUUAUUCAGCAUGGGCAGAAGAUGACCACAUGAUUAUUCAGAAUGAAUACUGUGACGGUGGAAGUCUCACUGAUGUUAUUGUGAAGAGGGAGGUGCAGGGUGAACUGUUUUCAGAGGCAGAGUUGAAAGAUUUGCUCUUACAAGUGUCUAUGGGGCUAAAAUACAUCCACAGCUUAGGCCUGGUACACCUGGACAUCAAACCAAGUAAUAUAUUCAUUUGCCAACGUCCCAGCACGAGUGCAGCAGGUGAAGGAGAGAGUGAGGAGGAAGAUGACAGAAGCACUUCUGCAGGAGUCAUUUACAAAAUUGGGGAUCUGGGUCAUGUGACGUCAACAAACAGUCCUCAAGUCGAGGAAGGGGACAGUCGCUUUCUGGCCAUUGAGGUCCUGCAUGAGGAUUACAGCGAUCUGCCCAAGGCCGACAUCUUUGCCCUGGGCCUUACGAUCCUGCUGGCAGCAGGCGCUCCACCUCUGCCUCAAAAUGGAGAAGAGUGGCAUAGCCUGAGAGAGGGGCAGCUCCCCAAACUGCCAAAGGAGCUGUCGCCUCCCUUCAAAGGCCUACUGCAGUUGUUGCUGGAUCCAGACCUGACGAAGCGACCAUCUGCCAGGGAGCUUUGCAAGCAUGCAGUCCUGAGGGACGAGAGGACCGGGAGGGUGGCAGCUCAGCUACGCAGAGAGCUCAAUGUAGAGAAGUUUAGGACAGCCAUGCUCGAAAAAGAGCUCCAGGAGGCUCGCCAGGCAGCUUUGUCACCUAAGCAGAGCAUCACUCUUGGGCUGAAAUCCCCCGCCAAGAUGGGAUCCCUACCCAGAGCAGGAAGGAGGCUUGUCGGCGGGAAGAGUGCACGAUCCAUGAGCUUUGGUUGCCCAGGUUACGGAGUCUGAUGGGACGCCAUUUGGUCCACAUGCCCGUCCUUUGGUCUGAUGAUAAUAAACGAUUACUUCUGCAAAUGUAGCAUGUCUCCAGUAGUGGCAGGAUUCCCUAUACAGCAAAUAUUUUGUUGGAAUUGAUUUGAAUAACUGGAUGCACAGUCCUAAAUAAAUCUGAGGGGUGCAGAACUGUGAAAAGCUUUGUUUUUAAAUGACUGGUUUGGCAGGAGCAAGCUGUUAUUGCUGCAGGCCAAUGUAUUUUUUUAUAUUGUAAAUAAACAUUUUAAGCCUUUUUAA